AUGCAGCUAGCCCUGCUGGCCCGGCUGCUGUCCGUCGGGCGGGCAGUGCUAGCGGCGCUGCGAGGGCGCCUGGGCGCGCUGUGCUGGAGCCUGGCUCCCCUGCCCCUGCCCCUGCCCCUGUCCCUGUCCCUGCCCCUGCCCGGCUGGCGGGACUCGGCCCCGCGGCCGCAGCGGGAGCAGGAAUGGGACGAGGCGCUCCCGACGCCCACCAGUGUCAAUUACCACUUCACUCGGCAGUGCAACUACAAGUGCGGCUUCUGCUUCCACACGGCCAAGACCUCCUUCGUGCUGCCCCUGGAGGAGGCCAAGCGGGGGCUGGCGAUGCUUAAGGAAGCGGGAAUGGAGAAAAUCAAUUUUUCGGGAGGAGAACCGUUUCUUCAGGACAGAGGCGAAUUUGUAGGCAAACUGGUCCAGUUUUGCAAGCAGGAGUUGGAGCUCCCAAGUGUCAGCAUUGUUAGCAAUGGCAGCCUGAUCAGAAAGCAGUGGUUCGAGAAGUACGGCGAAUAUUUAGAUAUUCUGGCAAUUUCAUGUGAUAGUUUUGAUGAGGAUGUCAACGUUUUAAUUGGCCGUCGUCAGGGAAAGAAGAACCAUGUGGAAAAUCUGCAUAAACUGAGACAGUGGUGCCGAGAGUAUGCUGUUGCUUUUAAAAUAAAUUCAGUCAUCAACAGAUUUAAUGUUGAGGAAGAUAUGAAUGAGCAGAUCAAGGCACUGAACCCUGUGCGCUGGAAGGUAUUCCAGUGCCUGCUUAUCGAAGGGGAGAACAGUGGUGAGGAUGCUCUAAGAGAAGCAGAAAAAUUUGUUAUCAGUGAUGAAGACUUUGAUCGCUUCCUGGAUCGUCACAAAGGUGUCUCCUGUUUGGUACCUGAAUCUAAUCAGAAGAUGAGGGAUUCAUACCUCAUUCUGGAUGAAUAUAUGCGUUUUCUAAACUGUAGAAAUGGACGGAAAGAACCUUCCAAGUCCAUCCUGGAUGUUGGUAUAGAAGCAGCUAUAAAAUUCAGUGGAUUUGAUGAGAAGAUGUUCCUGAGAAGAGGAGGAAAGUAUGUGUGGAGUAAAGCUGAUAUGAAACUGGACUGGUGA